AGGUGCAGUGGGAGCUUUUAUUCAAGUUGAAAGCAAUGUUAUUUUUGUCACAGUACAUAAAUAAAAGUUCUCCUGCAGUUUAGGUGGUGAUGCUACAAUGUCAUUUUUCUGUUCUAGUCACCUUCCUUUUUACACCUAUUACUUAACUGUGCAACAGGAAACCCACACUAGAGUUUCCACACCAGUGCUUAAUAAGUAACACAGACCCAGAGAAACUACCUUCCCAACAGCAUCUGGGCCGCUUCCACUAUGCAGAUGCAUAUUCAGUUUUAUCUCAGUCUAAUAUGGAUACUGCUAUCACAAAUCAUAGCAAAUGCAAAAGAUGACCCUCACUGGAAGAUAAACGUGAAUAAGACCAUAAAUGCAAAAAAAGGCUCAAAUAUAACUAUAUAUUGCACAUUUGAAAUUCCUCCAGAACAAAAACCAAACAUUAUAGUUUACUGGAAAACAGAUGGGAGCAGUAGCUGCAGCAAGAACGACAACGACAAGCGGGCAUUCGCGUUUCAUCCUAAUUCGUCUUGUAUAGAUCAACACUUCAGGAGUAGGACAAAACUAAUUGGAAAUGCCAGCAAUGGAAACUGCUCUCUACAAAUCUUCAAUAUUAUGGAAAGUGAACCAUCAAUCUACCUGCGGGUUUCUGGACGGAACAACUACUACAGUUUCAAAGAGCACCUUGUCAACAUUACAGUGGAUGGACAAAAAUUAAGUUCCCCAAAUCACACAGAUGAUACCUCAUUUGAGAAUGGAACAACAAGCGCCACGCCUCAUGUGCCUGACGUGCACGACGAUGACAAAGAACUGUAUCUGAGCAUCUUUCUGCCACUUCUUGGACUUCUCAUUAUUGCUGCAGCUGGGACAGUCUUUUACAAAAUGCACAAGAGGUCACACAUGAUGAACCGUGAGGAAUCUGGAUAUUAUGUAAACUUCAGACGGACAUUGUCAACCCCACGCAAAAGUGAACAAUUUUGUACAACAUCAAAUAAAAUGGCUCCAGAUGCAAAAGCCAUUGAUGAACCUGUUUACUUAAAUCUGCAGACAUCAGCAUUUCAGAUGGAACAACAAGUGGCAACCGUAGAGAACAUUUACGGAAAUGUGGACUAUACAACUUAGAAAAAACAUCUGCUUUCAUCCUACAGUAUUGUAUUUAGCUUUCAAAUGCAUAUGUGCAAUAAGAAGGAUUAAAUGUGUCAACUAGAUUGAGAAGGACGCACUGGCUUGCAGCACAAGCGUGGAAACUCCAAUGUUUAAUGAAAAGGGAACCUUAUUCAGCAAUGUGACCAAUGCAGUUUGAUAUUUCCACCUUCACUUGACAAAGCUUCAAUAAUAAUAAAAAAAUCCAGAAGUUCACAAAUAUGAAAUGAGCUGACAACAUAAUGUGCUGUGUAAAUUGUAAUAAAUUGUUUGAGUUUUUAAUAAGGAUUUUCAAGACUCAAGAACUAAAGUCUGCCACCUUAGGGCCUCUGCUGUCUCUCUGUUAGCUAAAGCAAACAUAAACCUCAGUAAUGUUUGCUUUUAAAUGGCAAUAAAAAUGCUAAUUGUACUGUCCAUUAUAUAGCAUUGUGUACAUGGAGUUAUCUUUAUAAAAGAGAUUGUAACCUGAUGUAAACUACCUUCAGUCCACUUGUUAAAAAUGACAUUUUUCUACGUUGCUUAUUCAAAGAUCAGUUUUGAGAAUUUAAGCAAAUUGUGACAGUUUGAAAUUUUGUAAUAGAGCUACAGGAGAAGAAUAAAAAUAUAAUAAAUAUAUACAAGGCAAAUUCAAUUGUAUUUUUUUUUUAAUAUUAUUUCUUAUAAUUUUAAAGACCUUCUGCUUACAGUUAAUAAAAACAAGACAUUCGAGAUUAGAACGUUAUACUAGACCAAUAAAAAAACAAACAAAAAAAAUUAUAAUACAGAAAUGUGAGCUUAACAGAAAGUUUAAUACAUAUUAGUUUCCAUCUGACAAAAAAGUCUUAUCUGAACACACACACACACAUACGUAUAUAUUCAUAAUUGUGAACUGUAUUUUGAACAAACAAACUAAAGUUUUAGGAUUGUAGUUGUGAUCUAAAAUGCAAAUACUGUGAAGCAGCAUUAUUUUCUGAUAUACAUAAUGUUUACAGAGCAGGUCUGCUGCCAGUAAUUCAGUAACUGCUCCAUUUUAAACAAGACUGCUACUAGUUACCAGUUUGUAAUAGCUUACUGGUGACAUAAAUACCAAUGAAUCAUCAUAGAAUGACAGGGAGAUAAGAGUUAUGCUCUGAUCUGACAUGCUUCACUUUACUGCCUUCCUUAUUUUCUAUUACACAAUCUUGCAAGUGGAAACACCCAAGGAUUUUUUUUAAACGAUGCUGCAUUUUAUGAACUCAUGAAGCAAAACCAACAUCCUUUAGCUCCUUCUAAAAUCCAGCAGAUUGUUGAUUUAUAGUAGAUUGGGCUACUAUCUACUGUAAAUCAACAAUCUGCUGAUUGUUGAUCAGGAUAGAGUAACUGAUCAGGUUAGAGUAAAAUUUUGCUUUGACAAAAAUAUGUAUGUUUUUGUUUUUGUCAAACAGGGAUGCAUGUGGACAGUACCGCCACACGCAGAAAGUGGAUAAUUUUUUAUAAAUUCAAACAGUUUAAUCAAAAUACUUUUUUUGUUGUUUUAAACGCAGAUGCAGCUUGGACAGCUAACAUCAUUCAGAGUAUUAAAGUAACAAAGGGCUCAAAAAUAACCAUUUGGUGUGCAUUCAUUGUUCCUCAGAAGGAACACACUAAAAUCAUUACUUGUCAUGACUUGGACAUAAUUCAGCCAAGUAACACUUACCUAAUAUGUCCUACGGAAGGUCCUAGGCCUUCAUUUGUAGGAAGCAUCAAAAUGUAAAAGGCCAUCAUUGUAAGAGUGCUUAAAUUUGGAUUUAUGAUUAUUGGUUUUGCUGGCAUAGUCAUUUGAUUAAAAGUUAGGACUAUAUCAUAAAUUGGUCACAGACCUGGUCUCAGGAGAAGGACACAAUAGAUAUAAAAAUAAAAAUAAUCUUUACAACUCUUGGAAUAACUUAGUCUGACUCAUGAUGUUCACAUUUUGAUUGAAGAAAUUUGAUUUAGAAAAUAAUAGUGAUGAAAAAGAAUGUGCUUACAGAAGUGUGUGCACUCUCUUCAAUGUGGAUGUGGCCAGCAUUCAAAUUUAUAUAAAUCAGAAGUCAGUUUUCUUACAAAAAUAUUAGUAAGACUCAUUUUAUAUUUCCUGUAUUUUUGUAUUUCCUAGUCACUGUGCUGAUAGACUCAAGCUACAUUGAAACCUGCAGAUUCUAUUUAAGUAUUUUUCAGUUAUUGCUACAGUAAAAGUAAUUAACUUGAGUAAAAAACAGGCUGUUUGGGCUGUUUGUUCAUUUUCUGCAUUUAGAGUUUGAAUGUUCCAACUUGAGUCGAAAUGAAACAUAUGAGGAAUCUACUGCUUGAAACCAAUCAUAAAGUGUCACUGGGUUAAAAUGUUUCAUUUUCAAUGUUUGAAAAGUCACAACAAAAGUUCAAGCACUGUAGCUACUAGUGUUUCAAAAUGUACAUUGUGUACUUGUUGCAAUAAUUUAGAUAACCGGUGACUUGCACUGCAUUUUAUUUUUUUCUGCAUUAUUUUGUGACUAUGUUGAUGCUUGAAAUGGAUUAUACAAUGGUUAAAAUAAAACUGCUUGAAUCCCUUUGGCAUUGGCAAAAAACUGUUGUUUUAAGUGUAGGCUCAGUAGAUAAGAUCUGUGAUGUUGGAUUUUCUUUUUGCUUUUACCUCACUCUUUAUCUCCCUUAAUUCAGCUGACUGAUUAACCGUGGUACUGGAACACUUAUUGUUCUAGUACCAACAGCAAGUGCUGCUUACUGUUUUCACUAUUAGCAGGUAGCUAUAUCAAGCAACUUUCUUUUUUGCAUAUUACCAAGUGAGCUAGAACAUCUUUAAGUUCUGCUUUUUCUAGAAAAAGGCUGUGGUCACAGGAAGACGUGAAAAGACGCACAGCCUGAACAUGUUUGUCAGCACACCCACGUGUAUGUACGACAGCCUAAUUUCUUGGAUUCAUAACACUUAUCGUCCAUAAUUUGAAGUUGAGUUCAGUGUUAUUGUAGCCACGCAUGAAGUAAACAGUAAAAAUGUGGAUCUUCUACAACACAACAGUUGUGUAAAACUGAUGUCAAUGGCAACGCCGCAUGUUUAGGAGGAAGUAAGAAAAAAAACUAUUAGCAAUACUAGCACACUCUGAGGUGUGUUUUAAUUUUGUCAUCAACAACUAUAGAACUGCAAAGCUCUUCCAACAUGAAUGUUGCUUACAUCUUGUAAACAGGGAAGGCAGUAAA